GUUGACAGCAAGGUAUAUAGACACACCACAGCAGAGAUCAGUUUUCAGUCGUUUGGAAUAACCGAAUCACACAGAAACACACACAGGAAUUAAGUUCUUGAUCUUGAGAUGAACAGAGAAAGAAGAAAAACAAUGGGGUUAUCAUGAGAGCAGCACAGAGUAUAUAUGCAAUGAAUCCAAAACAAUAAGUGAAAGAUGAUAAGAAAGCCCUGUACUGUUAUUUCCCAUUUCAAAAUGAGCAACUGGAUUUGCCCUAAAAAUAAAAAAAAUUGAAAUAAGUUUGAAUUUCUGCGACCAGGAGUUAAACAGGGUUAUUGUAAUCAGGUUGGGAUUGCUCCUCUGGGUUUGGCAAAACAAAAACCAAUCAUCAGCCUUGUUUUAAUCUAUGUACUAAGGGCAGGGUGUAGACAGAUUAAGUAAAGAUACAUUAUAAAAGCAGCAAAGAUCAGUUAUUUGUACUUUGGAAUAAAUGAAUCACACAGAAACACACACACAGGAAUUUAGUUCUUGAUCUUGAGAUGAACAGAGAAAGAAGAAAAACGGAAAAUCAGAUGAGGAAUGGAGCCAGAGGACAGUGGACAAAUAAAACUGAAUAUAUUCUGGUUGUUGCAGGAAACGUAGUCGGUUUGGGUAAUGUGUGGAGAUUUCCUUACCUCUGCUACAAGAACGGUGGAGGUGCUUUUCUGGUGCCAUAUGGUCUGUUAGCUGUGGUGUGUGGGAUUCCUCUGUUCCUGCUGGAGACUUCAAGUGGUCAGUACACCCAGGAAGGAUUCAUCACCUGCUGGAGGAAACUGUGUCCACUGGCACAAGGAAUAGGAUACGGGCAUUUGGUGAGGACAUUUUAUGACUUCAGCUACAUCAUAAUCCAAGUCUGGGCUCUCUUCUACCUGGUGUUUUCAUUCACAUCUCAGCUCCCCUGGGCCAACUGUGACAACACCUGGAAUACAGUUAACUGUAUAGGUCUUCAGAUUUUGGAUUCUCCCUCACCAAACAUGACAACAAACCAGACCAUGUUGACCAACACCACCUCUGCUGCCACUGAGUUCUGGGAACGACGUGUGUUGGCCAUGUCUGGAGGCAUUGAGGAGCUGGGCAGUGUGCGAUGGGAGCUGGCUCUGUGUCUUCUUGCCUGUUGGGUGGUCUGCUACUUCAGUAUCUGGAAAGGUGUCAGGUCCUCUGGAAAGGUAGCAUAUUUCACAGCCACUUUCCCCUACGUGAUGCUCCUCAUACUGCUCAUCAGGGGACUGACUCUACCUGGAGCAUGGGAAGGAAUCUACUUUUACCUCUAUCCAGACAUGACCCGUCUGGCUAACCUUGAGGUCUGGAUAGAGGCAGGAUCUCAAAUAUGCUUCUCCUACAGUGUGGCCAUAGGAACUCUAAAUGUUCUGGGCAGUUAUAAUCAGCACAACAACAACUGUUACAAAGACUGCUUUUGGAUCUGUUUACUGAACAGCGGGACCAGCUUUGUUGCUGGAUUUGUCGUCUUCUCAGUGCUUGGAUUCAUGGCACAGAAACAGGGUGUUACCGUUGACAAUGUGGCCGAGUCCGGUCCAGGUUUGGUCUUCGUUGUCUACCCUCAGGCUACAGCUAUGAUGCCUUUUCCACAGUUCUGGAGUGUCUGCUUUUUCCUGAUGCUCUUUUUCCUCAGUGUUGACCCUCAUUUUGUGACAGUCGAGUGUUUUAUCACCUCAAUAAGCGACUUGUUUCCGAAGCUCCUGCGUGCAGCAGGACGGUCUGAAAUCUUUGUUCUCUUCAUCUGUUUGCUCUUCUUCUUCAUACAUCUGACCUUGGUUACUGAGGGAGGAAUUUACAUAUUCCAGCUCAUUGAUUAUUAUGGUUGUACCAGAGCUUGUCAUUAUUGUAUGGCUUUAUCUGAGUGUCUGGCUAUAGCCUGGAUUUUUGGUGCUGACCGUGUUAUCAAAAACAUUGAGGACAUGACGGGACAGAGACCAUCUGUUUUCUUCAAACUGUGCUGGAAAUACAUCAUCCCUCUGCUGUCACUGAUUUCCUUCAUCCUGUACCUGGUUGGUUACACACACCUCAAGAUUAACAGCUGGUACAUUUACCCUGACUGGGCGUACACACUGGGAUGGACCAUGACUCUCUCCUCUGUUCUCAUGAUGCCACUGUGGGCAGCUGGACAGAUGUGUUUGACACCAGGAACCUUCCGACAGGUCAGGGCUCAAAUCUAAUUCAACUCUGGGGUCAAAAUGUCCUGUCUGAGUGUCAUUAU